GCGUAAAUUGUAAGCGUGCAAUAAACACACUUCAAACAAAAACACCUAGAAACACAAAAAUUAUAGACUGAAGCGAAAUUCCACUCACCAGUAGUUUGAAAUGCCCUCCGCAAAGGAGAAGCGUUUGCGGAAGGAACGAAUUCUGCAGUUUAUCCGGGAAAACCGAGAGCUCAGGCCCAUAAACACGUCGGCGGUACUUCAAUCAGCUUCACCAAUAAAAGAGGACACUGGGCGACAGAAGAAACGCGUCACAUUUAUCCAUGGCAAACAGCAGAGAAGCUUUGGAGACUCGCCUAGAGGCAGGGAACUUGAGAAGAAUUUUGGACAGGGCCUAACGUCAUGCCUAAUCACAAAGCCCUCGCAUACCAGAUUAAAGAGCGGUGCCAACGAUCCAGGCGCCAACGAUCCAGACGCCAGAGUGGUGGAAAAACCAUAUCGAGCAGACAUCAAAUGCCAUUUUAAGUCAUCGUGCUCAAAGAACUCAGAUUCCCGACUAGCAGCCGGUGCCAACAAUCCAGCAGUUCGCAAUGUUGGACGGUUACCUCGAACCGACAGCGAAUGCCAGUUCAAGGAGCCAGGUAUUUUCUUUCUGCAAACAGUACACUCAGACUAUGCCACCCAAGAAGUCAAGCUGAACUCGAAGCCCUUAAGAAAGGAGUUGAAAAACAAAUGUGAUUUCUUUCCAAAGUAUGUGGACAAUCGACCUUUCAAGGAUGAGGCCACACAGACCCUUUAUAGAGAGUCUUCGGCGCAGACUUUGGCCUUUCUACCCGAGAUUCUAAAUCAAGAAAAAUCAGAAGCUUUUGAGCUGUUUACUUUGGCCAAGUUGCUGCCGGGCGAUAAGCCACCAGGAUUGCAUGAAGUUGAAUUUUUGGAGCGGGCUCGCAAGCGAUGGGAUUUUAGUAAGGCUCUGGAACAGAACUUUAAAAGACUUGUGCAUGAGGCCAGAAAAGUGUCUAUAAAAACGCAGUACAAAGAGAUAUUGGAAGCCUUCGAAUGGGAACAGUGGGUCCAGCGGGAGGAGGACAUACAGGAGUGCCAGAUGAUGCGUUUGCAGAUCGUGAUCAAGAUGUUUGACAAGAGGGAGAAGCAAAUGCACACCGCAUCUAAGGCCCGCAUCGAACAAUCCUUCGAACGCAUCGAGAAACGGCGGCAGGCGGGUCUGCGCAAGAAUGAAGUUGAGUUCCAGCGGGGAAUGCGUCGCAUCAACAUACAGUUGGCCAAAACCGCUCGAAAGUGGGAAAAACAAAGUCCCAUGCAAGCCCUAGGUUCACCCUGCUCCGAGUUCUAUGGCCCCCUGAUAAGGCAUGGUGUUGAUCCGGCACGGCGAUGUUUUGAAUCCACCACUGGACGCAAGGCAUUCGAUAUGAGGAUCGAUGAUCUGGAGAAGCGGGUUAAUAUGCGUAAUGUUCAGUGUCCCUUUAGCAAGCUUAAGGAGUGGUCCAAGCCCAAGGAGUAUGAUAGGGAGUACGAGCGAAACUUCUGCAAUGAUGGCAAUCUACAGAGGCUCUACGAAUCCCUGAAGACACUAAGAACGCAGGCAGACAUGGCAAAGGAACCGCCUCAUUGUCUGAAAACCCGUUUGCGUAUAGAGCGUCGUACGCCUAGUACUAGCUCAAGCGAUUCCUUCCGUCCCUAUUAUCAGGCUAGAAAAUCAAGGUUUGUGGAAUUCCCCGUUUCGAACCGCGAAACCGUUAAGACAAGCACUAAGGUCACCAUACCGAAAGUCGAGAAGCCACUGAGGAGCUCUGUGGUAGGUCGCGAAGAUUUGGAGACUCUAAUAUGCUCAUACGAAGGCAGUUAUAUUGGGACGGUCAUGCAGUUCCUUGCCAACGAAAUGCAACGAUUGAAGGAGCAGCGCAAGCUGCAUUUCUUCUGCAUUUUGGCCCAAAAAGAACGCUGGCGGCGUGAAGCAGCCGAGGCGGGUUUGAGGCAGAAGGAGAACACGAUGAGAAUGCUCUACGAGGAGAUGUUCCAACAUACCAGUGCGGUUCACAGUGAAGUAGCUAGUAAAUAUGCAGACACCAUAUUGACCACCGAUAUAGGCCAUAUAACAGAGGAUGAGGCCAUCGAAUCUGUCACCGAGUUGGCAAAGCAAAUCGACUUGGACAUCGAGCGAUGGCUGGAGUCCUUUAAGUUAAUCCAGAAUCCGCUCAAUUUCACUCCACUUCGACUGAUGCUGCAGGACAUGGUCUGCCCGGAUAUGGGUGCUGUGCUCCGGCGCUAUGAGACUUCCAUGAUUGCCCAGUACAUAGUGGAAGAUGUGAUCUUCGGCAAAGUGUGGCAGGAACUGGAACCAUUCGAUGUGGUCAGCACUCUGACCAGCGAUCUUAUUGAUCGCCUGAUUGACAACGAUCUGUUUUUGUUCUCAUCGGACAGCGAAAGCGAUAGCCCUCAUAAGGAAUCCUGGACCGAGUCCCAUGCCAUAAUAAGAAAACUCAUUCGCCAAGCGGUUCCCGGAAGACGCUGGAAGGAGGAAGACGAGAGGAUUGUCCACGAAACAUUUAAUAGCCUUUUCGACGAUGUGUUUUCCGAAAUCCUAUUUGGCAUAGAAAACCCGACAGCCGUAUUGCCUGCCGACCUUCUACCGCUUUGUGCAAGUAAAUCGUAUGCUUUCUUUGCUCAUGAGAUCCCAAAGAGAAUUCCUUCGUCGGAGGAGUCUUCUCAAUCAGAAUCGUUGCAAAAUACAAAUCUAUUACGAAUGCAAUUUCUAUCUCUCAUUAAAAAAUUUAAAGAAGACAAGAUUACCAGAGAACUGAAGGCCGAAGAGAAAUGUCCGAUGAGUGAAAAUGAUGCUGAGUUAUUUGACAACUAUAUAAAAAGUGAAGUUCUUCAAAAAUCUGAUGUAUUAGGUACUGAGACCCCAGUGAUAGACCCCGAAUUAUUAAGCAUCAAAAGUACUGUCGAUCUUGCCGAGUACGAGGAUCAUCUAAAUGACCUGAGGGGUUCUUCGUUGAUGCGUGAUCAUGAUUUAAUGGAAGAAAAAAUUGCAUCUGAAAGUAGUGACGAAAAAAGUAAAUUUAGCAUUAUGGAACCAGCAUUAGAUCAUCGUGAAGAAAUCGAACCAGAAAUCGAACCAGAAAUCGAACCUGAAGAUGUCGAACAAGAAUAUUCAUCAGAUAAAUCUUUAACAGGAACUUAUGACUCAGCAACCGAUUAUGAUGGUGAAUUUGAGGAUGAGCAUACCGAUAUGGCCGAAGAGAUUGUUGUUUAUAUCCCCAAAGAUUCACAAGUCUUCAAAUUUAGAUAAUUUCUGAAAUUCCGGAUUUUCAAUUCUUGGGUAACGGUACAUUUCGUUACUUUCAUACGCAUACCAUACAUUUGUGAAAUUUAUAUUUGAAAAGCAAUACGAAUAAAUAAGUGUAAAC